UGCAUCUUUGUGCUUGCUGCCUCAGCAAGUGAAGGUGAGAGCAAAUCAAAACAAAUGAAAAGCAGACGCCUCUGGAGAGAAGCAAACAGCCUCCAAUCAGCCUCUGAGGGAGGAUGAUUACUGUCUGCAGAGAGCUAGAGGAGUGACUGUCAAGGCAGGUGGUGUUUGAACACAUGCUCAUGUGCGGAUUUGAGUCAUCUUAGAGUCUCCUCACUGCACCCACUUACUGGACAACAAGACCUUUUGUGGAUAAUCAAACUUAUAGAAAAAUACCUGCAACAUGGCAGGAAUCUUCGGGGUUUGAGUCUCAGGAUGUAAUUGAAGACUGACUUCAGGCUGUUGUCAUGUGUGGUGCCACAGCCUGGUGCCACCCAGAGGGGUCAGCUUGACAUCCACAACAGAACAUCAAGAAAGAGUGAUGCUUGGGGGAAUGGACAACAAGAUGAUCUGAAAUGUUUGCACAUUCAAGGCUGGGGGCUGAGGGAAUGUGUGUGUGUGUUCGCUGGAAAUGUGAUGGCAAAACAGUGUUCCAUAGUGGUCAAGUGCAUUGAUUUCUACUCAAGUCUGCCUGGACCAGUUAUACUUGAAAUGGGUAGACGAGCAGCUGAUCACACCACUCCAGUGCCAGUACUCGGAGAGCCCGCACUUGUGGGGACACGCAUCUGGAGGGCUGUGACAAAUGGGACCAGUAGAAUGGCGGCCCUCACACUAUCUCAUCACUGUAAUGUCGGUGUGCAGACGUCACCUGCAAUGAGAAACAACCAACUACAGCUGAACGGCAAACAUGUGGACGCUUGUAAUAGUCAAUCAGAAAACAAAGUGAUCAUGCCACCUAAUGGCCACAUCCCAAACGAGGCCGGUAAAAAGGAGGAUAACGGGAAAGAAAAAACAAAAAGUAUAAUUAUUAAACAAAAAAGUCUGGAGACUAAAAUGAAAAAGGGUGUGACCUUUGAGGGACUGGAGAGGGAUAUUUGUAAAAACAUCAGGGAAGAAGUGCAGCUCCGCAACCAUCCAAUUAGAACCAGCCCCUCAUUGAGAAGUGUGGCUAACAGCAGGCUAAAACUGAGAAGGAAUUGUCACUUCACCAAUGGGAGCGUGGUUGACUCCGAGGUAAUGGGCGGGAUCAGCAGUGACAUCAGUGAUGGGGAGGAGUCUUCCACCAGACAGAAAAAAACAUUACCUCCACACUCACCUCCUCACAGACCUCCCGUGACCAUCUGCAGCACUUGUGGAGGAAGGCAGAAUCCUGCGCCUCAUGGACUCUACAGCCAAAUAAGGAUGAUUACACCGCCAAAUUCCGAGGGUUCUCUGGGACUCCAGUCGAGACAUUCAUCCCCUCUUUACCCUGAGAAGGACGUGCAGGAAUACACGCAGAUAGAAAGGCACACCACCCGCAGUGCUACACAGUCAGACCAGCACCCCAUGAGCACUAACCUUCAUUCUUAUCUCAACAUUAAUAUAAACAAGGAAUGGCCAUUAUCUCUCCUGCCUGCUCAGCAGAGUGAGGCAUCAAACCUCACUAAUCAUCACGCAGUCAAGAGGGAAUCUAGUGCUGACACACACAUUAAUCACACCAGUCGCUCAUCGGCUCUAAAUACACACACUCUCACUGUUACCGUGAAAGAGGAUAGAGGCUCAACAAAGGUCGUAAACACACACUUGAACGCUCACAAACCUCACAACUCUUGUCCCCGCAGACUUCCUGUGUCUGUCAACCCUCCCCAAACACACAAAAACAGCCUGACAGAAAGGCUAGAUGCCACACAGGUUACAAAUACCAGAAUACCACACACAAACACCCACUUCAGAUCAUCUCACCAGCCAAACCCUGAUGAGAAACAACCAACUCAAGGAAACCAAGUCAAACCUACACACUCAGAGUCUCCCCAGCCACAAAAUAAAACACACAUCAAACCUUUGCAAACUACUUUGAAACAAAUGUUCCCCCAAACUAGCACACCGCAGAACUCCAAACCUCAAAGCAGUGAUGCACUUUUGAAAUGCUCACGGUUAAAUCAGACAAAAUCCCCUGCCUGUUUUCAUUUACAUUCAAACAUUAAACGCCAAUCUAUAGUGCAGAGUUGUGUGAAUGAAGGUGUCAUAUCCUCCACUGCUUCAAACAUUCACAGACAGGUUCCAUUCCCUAAUGGAUUAAAGUCCAAAUUUGACAUGCACACUAAACCGUCAAUGUGCUCACACACAAAUUUCGGCAUUAAACCUCAAAGCGGGACACAAAUCUGUGCUGACACAGAGUCAGAAUCCUCACCCUGUGAUUCACGUUCACAUUUUGGACUGGUGACACACACACCUAAACUCUCAGGGCCUCACGGUGAACCACAUCACGCAUCAAUACACAACAGCACUCCUUCACCCACCGACACGCACAAAGAAGCUUCCCACACAUCCACACAGCGAACAAACACCAGUGGAACAUCACUGCAGGGUAUAUCCAUGCAUAAAGAUGCACUGUCACAUCCUUAUCGUGAGUCAAAAAGCCAAAAUGACACUCGCUUCUUUUCACAUGCCCCAAAUAUGCCAACCCAUCACAAAGCAACACUUACGAUGCAGACAAUCAACCAUCAGAACCUCUCAAAUGCAUUUACCACCACUCAGACUGAGGUGGAGGUGCGUUCGUACACCAAAGAACGUUCUCAAACAAGCCCCGGGGUCAAAUCAUCCUCACACGCUUUGUGUGUUCAUUCGAAUACGCCACAUAGACAGACAGAGCCUACGGUUCUCAGACGCUCUGUCCUGAAUCAGCUUAAUAAUGACACUCUUGAGUCCUCAUUACUAGCCAUCGCUUCCGCUAGGGCUUUUCCUCAAGCUACAACACACUACAGGACUGAAUUAAAAUUUUGGAGUGACACAGAGUCAAAGAAACUGGCUGAUAUUAAGGUAGCAGAACCAGAAGGUCAAAUGAUCAAUGACUCACAACACUCACUUCAACCUCCAAACAAACCACCUCCCUCUUGUCGACCUCCUAAACCUUCUUCUGCACCUCCACAAGCACCAGCUUUUAAAUUUGCAACAGGGGGCAGUGAAAACAGAGGCCUGAAUGUGUCCUCCAAUCAAAACCCACUUCUGACACCCUCAGGCACUUUGCCUAUGGAACACACACAGAAAGAUGGAAGUCUCCAGAACUCAAAGACACAGAUGGAAUCUCAUUCUGAAGGGACUAGGCCCAUCCCAAGUGAACACUGUUCCAUAACGCACGACCAUCCGGAUUCUGCGGCCCGGUUGCUGCCUGCAUCACCACAGUGUGGCAGUCCGCGGGACCCUAAACACAGAUUAGAGAUGGUAGAGGCGAGUCUGCAGUCCAACAAGGAGAGAAUCACAACUCUGCUCAACAUCAUCCAGGACCUGGAGAUGAGCCACGCAAUCAGCAAAGGUCGGCAAUGUUUUCGGACUGGCCAAGACUUCAGUGACUGUUCCACCUGUCAGAAGACUGCAUGUGCUGUCUACAGUGUGGAGUAUGACUUCCGUCAACAGGAGAGAAGAUUCAAAGAACUCUUCCAGAGUCUGUGUCCAUCAUCCCCAGAGAGGAGAGAAGGAUAUGAAGGAUCUCUGUCUUUACUCACCUCACUCAUUCAGAAUCACAAAUUACACCAGCUAAAUGCGAACAUUAUGACCCAUAGCCAAUCUGAGAAUCAAACUCAAAGUCAGCCUCAGAUUAUUUCUCAGAUUCAGUGCCAGAUUCGGGCUCAAUCUCAGUCUCAAACGCAGCCGCAGCCACAGAGUCAGUCUCAGCCUCAGGCUCAGCCACAGAUUGUGUCUCGGAUUCAGCCUCAGAUUCAGUCUCAGUCACAGAUUCCAUUUCAGCCACAGAUUCAAUCUCAAAAUCAGAUUAUAUCUCAGAUUCAAUCCCAGACUGAGAUUAUGCCUCAGAUUCUGCCUCAAUUUCAGAUUAUGUCUCAGAUUCAGUCUCAGGCUCAUCCCCAGAAUCAGUGCCUGUUCAAGGCUAAAAUCAAAAGGAAGAAAUUAUGCAGGAUGCUGUUCAGCUGGCUGCCACACAAAGUCCAAAAGAAAUGACUACAUAAUGCCAAAUAUCUGAUUUUCAUGCAUGACUCUCAACCCUCUGGUAUUCUGAGUCACAACUCCUUUUUUCUCCUAAUGCUGUCUGAAGUCUGACAUACUUUGUGGAAUGGAGCAAUAUUAAAUGGCAUUCUGUGACUGAACUACCAAGGAGAAUUUAAAUUAUGAA